UGGCAUCUCUGGGACCUGGCCUGCUUGGAGUGAGAACGCACUAUGUCUAAAGGGACAGUUGCUGGGAAAAGAAGUAAAAAGAAACCUCAAGUAAGAAUCUGUGUCACUCAUUCUCUAUCUGAUGGACAUAAUGUGAGUAACUCUGACAAUCUGAAGAGCCAAACUUCAUUCGGGACUGCAUGUACUGAUGAAGACUUGCUUGCUGAGAGCUUUGAAAAUGGAGUUCUUUAUCUCAAUCCUCAAACACCAGACUGGUCUCUUGUGGAGAGGUUUGCUGAGCUUUCAUCAGAGGAAGAGGUAGAAGUCCCCAUGAAGCAAGUCCACAGUGGAUCCAUGUCACCAUGUUCAAUACAUACUGUGACCAAAGGAGGACUCAGAAAAAGCCCCUCAGCAAAUAAUUCACCUAAAAAACGUAAAGAUGAAAAAGUCCCACGACUUUUGGCUGCCAUGAAAAGACGGAGUCCAUUGAACAUUGAGGAGCGUCCCUUCAAAUGCACUCGCUGCCACUGGGCUUUCAAAAAGUUCUGCAACCUCCAGAGCCACUUACAAACUCACUCUGGCCUUAAGCCACAUGUGUGUGACAUAUGUGGAAAGGCUUACUCACAUCAGGGUACGCUGCAGCAGCACAAGCGUUUGCACACUGGGGAAAGACCAUACGGCUGUCCCUUCUGUGACAAAACGUACAUCUGGUCCUCGGAUUACCGCAAGCACAUCCGCACACACACGGGCGAGAAACCGUACAUCUGUGAAACCUGCGGAAAGGAUUUUAUCCGCUCCUCUGAUCUGCGAAAGCAUGAGCGGAACAUGCACACCAACAACAAGCCUUUCCCAUGCACACACUGUGGCAAGACCUUCAACAAACCUCUCUCCCUGAAACGCCACGAGAGGAAGCAUCUCGGGGAAAGACCCUUCUCCUGUCCCGACUGUGGGAAAACCUUCGCUCUGGCCAGCCGCAUGGUGGAGCACCAGAAAAUCCACAUGGGAGUACGUCCGUUUGUUUGCUCCGUGUGCUCCAAGUGUUUCACGAAAUCCUCCAACCUGACAGAGCACAAAGCCAUCCACAGCGGAGUCCGGCCUCACAAGUGUGGGGAGUGCGGUGUGGCAUUUGCCAUGGCUUCCCGCCUGGUACGCCACCAAUUCAUUCACAACAACCAGAAGCCACACAGCUGCACCGGCUGCAGCAAGAACUUCAGCCAGGUCACACAGCUGAAGCUCCACCAAGAGCAAGCGUGCGCUGGGAGGAUCUUUGUCUGCGUAGAGUGCGACAAAUCUUUCCAGUGUGCCGCAAAACUUGAACAGCAUGUGAUGGAACACAAAGAGGAAAAACUGUGACCCCGAUUGACAGACGCUGUUAUUUGUGUUGACCCCUGGGUCAGAAUCGUUGCUGGAUGUUGGCUGACCUCAGAUUGGCAUUGUAAGAUUGAAUUGUUUUUAAAGGUU